AUGAGAAGAAGAAUUAGUUUCACACAGAGAUCUAAUAAAGUAGAGGUAGGAUUUAUCCAAGAAACGAAACUGACUUGUUUCAGUGAGAAAUUAGCUAGAUCCUUUUGGGGUAGCAGUGAUGUAGAGUGGACAGCUUGUAAUUCGGAAGGGGCUUCAGGUGGAAUGGUUGUAUUAUGGAAGAAAGAUUCUUUGGUGGUCAAUUAUAGACUCAUUGGGUCUGGUUAUGUCAGAAUUAAUAUCUCAUGGAAAGGAAUUAGUGUCAAUUUAGUUAAUAUUUACGCUCCUUGCAGCAUUAGCCUAAGGAGGGUUUUGUGGAAGAAUUUGGUUGAUAGAAGGGCCAAAGGUUUGAAUGAGGAAUGGUGUCUAGGAGGGGAUUUUAACGAAAUCACUAGAAGUGAAGAAAGAUUAGGGGGAGGAGCAAAUCAUAAUCGGAAAGGUAUGAAGGACUUUCGGGAAUUCAUAGAAAGGAUGGGAGUGGUAAACAUACCGUGUGUAGGGGGUCGUUUCUCAUGGUUUAAGGACAAUGGCAAGGCAAUGAGUAGAAUUGACAGAUUUUUGGUUUCGAACAACUUGAUUGAAGAUUGGGGGGUGAUUGAUCAAAGGAUUGGAACUAGAGAUGUUUCGGACCAUGCUUCUAUCCGUUUAUUUUGCAGUGAAUUCUAUUGGAGGCCAAAGCCUUUUAGGUUCAACAACGCGUGGCUUAAACAUGAAGACUUUAAGGAUUUCAUUUGCAAGGAAUGUGCUUCUUUGAAGAUUGAGGGUCGAGGUGACUUUAUAUUGUUUGAAAAACUCAAACAAUUAAAGAAUCGUGUUAGAUCUUGGAACCGUGAGAUUUUUGGUUGGGAAGAUCUUAAAGUUAGUAAAGAAGUGGAGAAAAUUAAUGCUAUGGACUUGUUGAUAAAAGAGAAGUUUGGAGAUAACGUAGAGAAUUUGGUGUUAGAAAGGAAGGAUGCUACGAGUGAGUUUUGGAAACAUCUUCAUGUGAAAGAAAGUAUGCUUAGAUUAAAAUCUAGACAACUUUGGUUGAAGGAAGGCGAUAAGAAUACACGUUUUUUUCACAACUCCAUCAAGGAAAGACAAAGAAGGAAUGUUAUUUUGGUGGUGGAAGGAGAAGAGGGAAGGGUGGAAGGAGUUCAAGAGGUGAAGAAUGAGGUCAAGAACAAUUUCGAGAAGUAUUUCAAUGAAUUAGAUUUCGGUAGGGCUGUCCCGGAAAGUAUGGAUUUUGCAACUUUGAGCGAUAACUAA